AUGUUGGAUCGGCUCGCAGAGAUCAAAGGCAAAGCCCCUCCUUCGGACCAGGUCGCGAUCGAUGUCGAGGUGCGUGUACCGUGCUGCUAUAGUUCCAGUCUCAUGUCACGGUGGGCUAAUGGCCGUGGCGUCGUUCGGCCCAAGUUCAUGGAGGUGUUUUUCAAGGAUGUCGAAGAGAUGCAAAUGGACCUUGCCAAUAUAAGCCUCGCUUCACAACAGAUCACAGAGCUGAAUAGCAAAGCUAUACUUGCGACGUCAAAUACUGAAGAGCAAGCCAUCAGUACCGAGCUCGGAUUCGUGAUUGAGACCACGAACAAGCUUGCUGCACAUGCCAAAGGACUACUGGAGCGGCUUAAGAAGGAAUCGGCUGAGAGGAAGAAGGACAAGAACACACCUCUGUCUGAAGUCCGAAUCCGCGAUAAUAUGUGCGCUACCUUGACCAAGAAGUUCAUGGAUGCUAUGAAGGAGUACCAGAAGGCUCAGCAAAAAUACAAGAGCGAUAUGAAGAACAAGGUGAAACGACAAGUACAGAUCGUGAAACCUGACGCGUCCGAGGCAGAGAUUGAUGCUGUUAUGCGCUCGGGAGACCCCGGAUCUAUCUACAAAAGCGCCAUUCUUCAGGGCGGGGCUGCCGAAUCCAUCACCGAUGUUUUCCUCCACUGCCAAGACAAGUACCAGGAUGUACUCAAGUUGGAGCAGAGUGUGGCAGAAUUGCAUCAAAUGUUCCUGGACUUGGCGCUGCUGGUGGAGCAGCAGGGCGAAUUACUGGACCAGAUCGACUAUCAAGUGCGCACAGCCGCCAACUACGUGGAGCAGGGCAACAAGGAGGUACAGAAGGCCAUCAAGCACCAGAAGUCAUACCGCAAGAAAAUGUGCUGUCUGCUGGGCAUCGGCGUCUCCAUCCUCGUGGCAAUCGUUGUCAUCGCAAUGGUACUAAAGAAGGCCUCGUAGUGGUAGAUGCAAGCCAAGUAUUAUGUUGAUGCAGGGCAGUAGUCCCAGUUUUAUCAAGUAAAUAUUUGCGACAUCACACAAGUGCAUGUAGAAAUUAUCAGGUGUUGCGGUGUCGAAACUAUCUGAAAAUUACUGUAACAUGAC